AUUAUAACACGUGCGCGAUAACAAAAUUAUUAUUAUUAUUAUUAUUAUUGGCGAAAAUAAAUAUUACUGUAUAGUAUUGUGUUAAAAAAUUUAAACUUACAGUCAUACAUAAUAUGAUACGUAUAAUCGGUAGCGUACACAAGAUAUUAUCAUCGUUAGAGGGUUUCGUGAUGUGUUUGACGUUUAUAUAGAUAGCGACUAGGAAAAAUAAUGGCCGAAACAGUCGCAGACGACGAGAAGGAAAUGCGGAGCCGGCUGCCCAGCCAGGACGAAGGAUCGAGACUGCUCGGCGAACCGGCCGAGGAUAGCUUCUGUGAGCGCAUCAAGCCCAAAGUGAGCCUGUGUCUAGGCACUACGGCCGUGCUGUCGUUCAUGGUGUUCCUGUUCCUCGUGCCGUUUGUUGUCGACCCGGCGGUGUCCCGGCUGAUCGCCCGGUACGCGCCCGAGCCCGGGACGUGCGCGCUGCAUGAGCACGUGUUCGCCGCGGGCCUGAGCAAGUGUACAUGGUCGUCGUGCCGGGAGGGCUGCACGUCGGCCACCACGCGGUGCCAUCAGAUAACCGUCAACUAUUCACUGACGCCGUACCAACAAUACGAACAGGACCGCAUGUCUCCUGAGUCGCUGGAAUGGGCGGGCACGGCGGUCCGGUUCCUGGUGAACACCGAAGGCUGCGGUUAUCCGCCGUUCGUUAACUGCAGCACGUUCGCCCAUCGGUACGGCCACAUAAAUUUGAAGGACAUCCUCGAGUUCAACACCAUCAACCAGCCGAUGAUCCAAGAACUUUACAGGCACGGUAACGAGACAUCGCUGGGGCUACCUCCACCGCCAAUGUUGUUGGACGGCUCUGGCGGCACGCUGCAGACGACGGCAGUUGACCGCCGGGAGAGAGAAAUUUCCGCCGUGGCGCCGGGAGACGCAUUAAAAGUGUUCCCGUGUUACUACAGCCGCGCUUACCCAGACAGGGUGGUGGCCGACUACGACUGGCACCACACAAUCAAGACUCUGGUGGCCGCCGUGGUCAUACCCUGGACGCUGUUCGUCCUGUCAUGCACGGUACUGUGCUACUGGUACUGUCCGGCGCUCAAAAGGGAGUUCAUGAUCGACAAGAGAAAGACGGCGGCAAUCAAAAACGAGAACCCGCAACUGGUGAUCAGGAGAAAAUUGUCCAAACGGCCAUUCAGCACAGACGAAGAAGAUGGCGAGUUUUGAUCAAUAAACCCAUACAUUUGCUAUUUAAUAAUGGCUUUUUUCAGGCACAGAAGCGAAUGCUAAAUUUUCAGUUCACUGAUUCGGUCUAACUACGUUUAUACUUGCAUUUGUAUUCUGCUUUAACUUCACACGAAUAUAAUUUCAAUAAUUGUGUACGCCAAAAAUUAUUUUCUAUCUUAAAAAUAUUUUUUUUAAAUUACUUAUACGAGCUCAUAAUUGUUUACAAAGCCUACAAAAGCUAACUGCUUUAGUCAUACCUAAAUGAAUUAUUUUUUAUAUAUGUAUAUUUCACUUUUUAUAAUAAUAGUUUAUAUAGACGUAUAAUUAUUAUACAUACAUAUUAUUAUAAAAUAUAUUAUAUGCUUCUUGUUCAUAAAUAAA